GUGCGUGACGUCGACGUGCUCGUCGUCGGCGGCGGGCACGCCGGCUGCGAGGCGGCGGCGGCCGCCGCGCGUAGCGGCGCACGUACGGUGCUGGUGACGCAGCGGAUCGACACAAUCGGCGAGAUGUCGUGCAACCCAUCCAUCGGCGGCAUCGGCAAAGGCCAUCUCGUCCGCGAGGUGGACGCGCUCGACGGCCUGAUGGGGCGAGUCAUCGAUGAGGCGGGCAUCCACUUCCGGAUGCUCAACCGGCGCAAGGGUCCGGCGGUGCAGGGGCCGCGCGCGCAGGCGGACCGCGAGCUGUACCGCGACGCGAUGCUGCGCGAGCUCCAGGCGUACCCGGGUCUCGAGCUGUACGAGGCGUCUGUGGAGGACCUGGUCGUCGACGAGCCGGCGGAGGGGUCGGCCGCAGCCGCCGCAGCGGCGGAGGCGGGACGGCCCGUGGGGCGAGCGUGCGGUGUCAUCACCGCGGACGGGUCCGAGCUACGCGCGCGGGCCGUGGUGCUGACGACGGGCACCUUUCUGCGCGGCGUGGUCCACGUCGGCCGAGAGUCGCGGCCCGCGGGGCGCUUCGUCUCCACCUCGGAGGCGGUCGAGCCGCCGUCGACCGGCCUCGCCGCCACACUUGGCCGCCUCGCGCUGCCCCUCGACCGCCUCAAGACAGGCACGCCUCCGCGGCUCAGCGCGAAGAGCAUCGACUUUUCGCGGCUCGAGCCGCAGCCGUCCGAGGAGCCUCCCCUGCCCUUCUCCUUCCUCAACGAGGGCGAGUCCGUCGCGCAGGCGGCCAACCUGAUCACUUGCCACAAGACGUACACAAAUGCAGAGACGCACCGGAUCGUCGUCGACUCGAAGCAGCCCCGUCGCUCCGCCGCCGAGCACACUCUCCCCGCGUACGAGUCGGGCGACGGCAAGGGCGCCGGCCCGCGCUACUGCCCGUCGCUCUUCUCAAAGGUGGAGCGCUUCCCGGAGCGAGAGGUUCGCACGCCGCUCGAGGCGGAGGGGCUCGCCGGAGCCGUCUACCCGAACGGCAUCUCCUCGGCCUUCCCGCCCGACGUACAGCUCCGCCUCGUCCGCUCGAUGGUCGGCCUCGAGGGCGCUACGAUCCUCAAGCCGGCGUACGACGUCGAGUACGACUACAUACAGCCGAGAUACAGCCGAGAUACAGCCGAGGCUUGCUCCGGGGCGGGGCAGCGUCUCACCCCCCGAUCGGGGCAGAGCAGCACGACCGGCUACGAGGAGGCCGCCGCCCUCGGCCUCGUCGCCGGCGCGAACGCGGCGCUCUCGUGCAGCCGCGGCCCUCCGCUGACGGUCGGGCGGCACCAGGGGUACAUCGGCGUGCUUGUGGAUGACCUCGUCACGCGCGGCACGACCGAGCCGUACCGCAUGUUCACCUCGCGCGCCGAGUGGCGGCUGAUGCUGCGCGCAGACAACGCAGACGCGCGCCUGACCCCGCUCGGCGCCGCGUGCGGCUUGGUCGGGGAGCGGCGGCUGGAGCGGCUGCGCGAGAAGCAGGCGGCGAUGCAGCGCGGGCUGCGCGCGCUGCGCGGCUUCGCGCUGCCCAACGCCGAGUGGGCGGCGGCGGGGUUCGGGGUCAAGCCAAACGGCGAGCUGCGCACCGCCGAGCAGAUGCUGCACGUGCCCCGCGCGGAGUUGUGCGACGUGGAGGCGGCGAUGGCGGCGGCGCCGCACGGGUGGCGAAAGGCGUGCCCCGAGGGCGCGUCGCUGCUGCCGCUGCCGUCGCUCGGGCGAGAGGCGAUGGAGAUCGAGGUCAAGUAUUCAAACUACCUCGAGCGGCAGGCGCGAGAGGUUGCGCGCCUCGAGGAGCACGCGAUGGCAUCCAUCCCGCGCCACACCGACUACGCUGCGCUGCCGUGCCUCUCCAAGGAGGAGGUCGAGAAGCUUACCGCCACGCAGCCCGCGACGCUCUCCGAGGCGGGCGCCAUCCCCGGCAUCACUCCAAAGGCGCUCUUCUACAUCUACAACCACCUGCGGCAGGCCGGGGGAUCGUCGAGGACGGAGGAGGGAGGCGCCGCUGAGGAGGAGGUGCCGGAGCCGCUUAGGCAUCACUUCCCGGGAGCAUCCGACGCCUCGGACGCCAGCGGCGCCGAACCGGUUGCGGAGGGCUUGUAGUUAUUGCCCUCUGCGUGUGUGUACUCUAUGCGGAUUCUCGUCGUUUGUCAACCUCUCUCGAACCAAUCCAAACGAAAGUACGUAAAACGCAUG